UACGAGUCCGACAGUCACAUAUACAUCACUAUGGAGUUCCUGGAGCAUGGAGAUCUCCAGAAGUUCCUUUCUUCCCCUUUGCCGGAGCUUGAAGCGCAAACUAUCAUGUUUCAGAUCCUGCAGGGCUUAAAAGCAAUGCACGAUCAGGGCUUCGCUCACCGAGACUUGAAACCGGGAAACAUCAUGGUAGCAGCGCCUGGCCCGGAUUGGUGGAUCAAAAUCGCGGACUUCGGUAUCUGUAAGAGGGCCACAGCAGGUCUGACAGAGCUACGAUCCGUCCUCGGUACCUUGACAUACAUGGCCCCAGAGAUACACGGCUUGAUUGGUGAAGACCACGAUGCACGCCAGUACACAGACGCCGUGGAUCUCUGGGCAGCAGGUGUCAUUGCACAUGUCAUACUCGCCAACAAGACACCGUUCCCAGAUAUGGGCAGUCUCACACGCUAUGCGACCGGACUUUCGAUGUUUCCGGUUGAACCCCUCUUGGCGCACGCGAUUAGUGAUGCAGGCUGCGACUUUGUUCAUCAGUGCGUAAUGCGGAAUCCGAGCGAGCGACCCGAGGCAAGCGUGGCCUUGCGCCACCCAUGGUUCGCA